AUUCUUUCUAUAAAAAUUCCUCACCUUUGUAUGUAAAAUAAUCCCUAAAUUCUCAAAAAACUUGGCAUAAAUCGCGAAAAAAAUGUUUUUUUCCCCUCUUUUGAUCUUUGCAUGAUUGGUGACGACGGUUUCCGGGGAAAAAGGGCCCUAGAAAAACCCUAAGAUUAAGAUUUCAGGCUGAUUAUCCCCAAACCCACUUUCUUUUUCUCGAGAGAGGGAGAAGAAGGAGAGAAAGUUAAAGAGAGUUGCUUCGAUUGCUCUUUCGAACCCAAGAAAUUUGACUGAGCGGGCGGGCAUGAACUUUAAUGGUGGCCUGAGUUGUUUUCUGGGUUUUCUUCCUUCAGUUCUUACCCAAAUUUUUCCCCCUUUUAUAUAUCCUUCAUUUUCAUGUAAAACACCAUCCACAACAAGAAAAACCCAUCUGAAGAAAGAAAAAAAAUCUACAGGAAAAUUGUCGGGGGGGUUUCCGAGGAAAGAACUGCGCUUUCGGUUUCUGGUGACUUGGGAGAAGAGACCCUUUGGUAAUUUUGGCCAUUAUGCCAAGGAGUUUCUCUUGAUUGAGGAUCGAGAAAGCUACAAAUACCAUCAGCCAUGAAGUUUAUGAAACUUGGAUCUCGACCUGAUACCUUCUACACUUCUGAUUCUGUAAGGUGUGUAUCUUCAGAAGUUUCAAGCGAUAUAGUAAUCGAAGUGUCAGGAUGUAAAUACCUUCUUCACAAGUUUCCCCUUCUAUCAAAGUGCUUAAAGCUACAAAGAAUAUUCUCUGAAUCACCAGAAGCAUCACAGAAUCAAACGAUCCGACUACCCGAUUUUCCCGGAGGGGCGGAGUCUUUCGAGCUAUGUGCGAAAUUCUGCUAUGGAAUCACGAUCACUAUAAGCGCUUACAACAUCGUGGCGGCGAGAUGUGCUGCAGAGUAUCUGCAGAUGACAGAGGAGGUGGAGAAAGGUAACUUGGUUUACAAGCUCGAAGUGUUCUUCAACUCUUGCAUCCUCCAUGGCUGGAGGGACGCCAUUGUCACGCUUCAGACCACAAAGGCCUUCACUUUAUGGUCGGAAGAUCUCGCCAUCACGAGCCGCUGCAUCGAGGCUAUAGCCUCGAAGGUGUUGUCUCACCCGUCGAAAGUUAGUCUCUCCCAUAGCCAUUCUCGUAGGGUGAGAGAUGAUGUGGUGUCGUGCAAUGGUGGCCACAACAAACCCGCGAGCAGAGGCUGGUGGGCCGAGGAUAUUGCAGAGUUGGGGAUCGAUCUCUAUUGGAGGACGAUGAUCGCCAUUAAAUCCGGUGGGAAGGUUCCUUCUGCUCUUGUAGGCGAUGCUUUGAGAGUUUACGCCUCGAAAUGGCUUCCGGGUAUACCGAGAAACGGGAAACUAGUCUGUAAACGAGCUGAUUCUGGAUCGGAUUCGGACUCUGCAGAAGAGAGCACUUCGUCUAAGCAUCGGUUGUUGUUGGAAUCCAUCAUAAGUUUGCUUCCUUCAGAGAAAGGAGCAGUUUCUUGUGGUUUCUUGCUUAAGCUCUUGAAGACAGCCAACGUUUUGAACGCUUCUUCGUCUUCGAAAAUGGAAUUGGCGAGAAGGGUUGCUCUUCAGUUAGACGAAGCAUCGGUCAGCGAUCUGCUAAUACCGUCAAUGUCCUACAAAUCCGACAUGUUGUACGAUGUUGACAUUGUCACGACCAUUUUGGAGCAGUUCAUGUUACAAGGGCAGAGUCCUCCGACAAGCCCCCAAAAGGCAAAACCGGUAAUGGAGAGGAGAAGAAGAUCUCGGUCAGCUGAGAACAUCGAUAUCGAGUUCCAAGAAAGCAGGAGAUCUUCUUCUGCUUCGCACAGCUCGAAACUUAAGGUUGCAAAGCUUGUGGACGGAUAUCUUCAACAGAUUGCGAGAGACAAGAAUCUCCCGCUCUCAAAGUUCAUCACUCUCGCCGAGAGCAUCCCCGAAUUCUCGAGGCUCGAUCACAACGAUCUCUACAGAGCCAUUGACAUCUAUCUCAAGGCUCACCCGGAUUUGAACAAAACCGAAAGGAAGAGACUUUGCAGGAUCCUGGACUGCAAGAAACUGUCGAUGGAAGCGUGUAUGCACGCGGCCCAGAACGAGAUGCUACCUCUCCGUGUGGUGGUCCAAGUCCUCUUCUACGAGCACUCCCGCGCCGCCGCAACAGGGGGCGGGAAAAUGACCGAGCUUCCGAGCCACAUCAAAGCUCUCCUUGCGGCCCAUAACAUCGAUCCAUCGAAGCCAGACGCGGCUGCGUUCAGCACAACCACGAGCGUCGCGGCUCCGGAAGACCAAUGGAGCGUGAAAUCGCCGAAAACCAAGUCAGGGACACUGAGGAGCAAACUGGCGGAGGAUGAAUACAGGGAGGAGAGUUUCAUGAGCCAAGAAGGCGGAGGAAGAACUCCGUCGAGAUUCAAGGCGUUCUGUGCGAUCCCUGCUCGGCCCAAGAAGAUUUUCACCAAGUUGUUGUCCAUUAACCACAAAAACUCCUCCGACAAGAACUGAUCUUUCUUUCUUUAUAUAUAUAUAUAUAUAUAUAUAUAUAUAUAUGUUUCAGAAAAUGGAAAUUACUGUCUGUAACUUUUGAGCAAUGUUCAUGUAGUCGCUGGUGGAAAAAAAAUAAUGAAAAAAAAAUCCAAGAUUUGCAUUUGGUUGGAUUCUUUGGGAUU